UACAGUUGCCGGUUAUCGGCAGCACUUUCCUUACACUGUCACAGCGUGAGGAAAGUACUGCCAAUAACCAGCAAAUGGCACAGAGGACAUCUGCACCGAUCAUCAGGGCACUGAUGAUCAGUGCCUUGAUGAUCAGUGCCCAGCAGUGCCACCCAUCAGUGCUGCCCAGUAGUCGCACCCAGCAGUGCCCCUAUCAAUGCCCAUCAGUUCUGCCUAUCUGCGCUACCUCAUCAGUGCCCAUCAGUGCUGCCUAUCAGUGUCCAUCAGUGCUACCUAUCAAUGCAGCCUCAUCAAUGCACAUCAGUGAAGGA